CCACCCUUAGCAGACAACUCACUUAAAUGAUUAGUUGUUAUAAUUGAACUCAGUAUUAGCAUGGAGAAAUAACCACAAUUUUGAUCACAAUCUGGUAUAUAGCAGUACUAGUGGUCUACUCCACACACAACCAUUAAUGGUAGCACCAAAGUAAUCAUGCAUGCUGAUAGUGGUAUCGCCAUUUUCAGGUAGUUCUUUUCUUCUUCUUCUCCUUCUCCUUCUCCUUCUCCUUUUUUUCUUUUUUCUUUUUUCUUUUCUUUUGGGUUUAUUUAAUUGUGGGUAUUUUAGUAAACUAUUAAACUACCUCAGGCUUUGCCUACAUAGAGUAAAAAAAACAUCUACUGUCUAUCCUCUCUCUCUCUCUCUCUCUCUCUCUCUCUAUCUCAGAGCUUCACAAGCUCACAUUCCAUUAAUCCAAUACUGAACAGAGACAAAAGCUCUCAUUGGAUAUUAAGACACCUCAUUCUCUUUCGUUCUCUCUUUCUAUAAUUUUGGACAAAGUUAUCAUCUUUAUAUCUGCAAAUCAAAUCCAACCAUUGGGAUACCCAGUUGUGAAUUCCAUUUUUGUUCUUUUUCUAUCUUGUAAAAGAAAUCCUCAGCCAUAAAAAAAUUUUCUUGUUUUUGUUUUUGAUUUGUUUCAUUCUCUAGGUGCAGUAUAUGCUUCACUCUGUUUCUUGCUCUGUUUUUCAUGGCUGCUGCUUUUACUGCUUCUCAUCAUUUCUUUCAGAAUCUUGAAAAUAAAAACGAUAACAAUAACCAUGAAGUUAGUAGACAAGAAAUACAAGCUGCCAUUGCUAAAGCUGUUGAGCUUAGAGCUCUCCAUGCUGCUUUGAUGCAUGGAAAUAGCCCUGCCAAUCUCAGUUACCCUUCUUCUUCCCCUGUUUCACGCCCUGUUUCUCAGUUCUCUGCUCAAGAUUACCCUGUCUUCACUCCUAGUUAUGAAGAUGAAAUAUUGCCCGGAGAUCAUCAAUUAUUACCAAAAUCAAGAACAUUAUCAGAAAGUUGGGAUGAAUAUGGGAUAGAAGCAGGAAGUACCUAUGAAACUGUUUUAUCAGAUUAUAAGAAGGAUAGUUUAAUAUCAGGAAAAGGGAUUCCUUCUGGUUUGGCAAGUUUGGAACCCCACAUUUGUCCUGCGGAAGAUCAGAAAUCUGUUACUGGGUCUUCUGCAAAUAACAUUACUGUGCUUCACACAUCAUCCCCCGGAACAGAAUUCUACAGAUCUUCUAGAAGAAAUAGCUUGGCUGACUUCAAAUCUGCAUCUUCUUGCAAUAGGUGCAAGCCGGCUACUAUUGCUUCCGAGUCCGAAUAUGCAAGCAAGAACAGCAAGAAUUCAAACAUUGUUGUGCCAUGGACAGAUUCACACUCAUCAGUUCAAUCACAGCCAAGAAAUCGAGGAGGAGUGAUGUCAUGGUUGUUUCCAAAGCUAAAGAAGAAACAUAAAACUGAGAAUUCGCCAAAUCAAACAGAAUCUGAGGAAGUCUCUCAGGUUUUCAAGGACUUGGGGAUAAUAUCAAUUGAAACAUUGAAAAGAGAAUUGGCAGAAGCCAAUGAAAAUAGAGAUGCAGCCCUUAUGGAAGUUGCUGAGAUGAAAUCUUCACUUGGGGAUUUAAGACAGAAGCUUGAGUACUUGGAGAGUUAUUGUGAAGAGUUAAAGAAAGCCUUAAGGCAAGCAACACUAGCAAAAGGUUCACAACAAGCACCUGAAAAGCUAGGAAAUUUCCCGAAGAGAGGGAAAUCAAAUGAUGGAAAUGGAGAAAACUUGAUGCCAGUAAGCGAAGAGGUAAUGGUGGAAGGAUUUUUGCAGAUAGUAUCUGAAGCAAGACUGUCAGUAAAACAAUUUUGCAAGACCCUUGUAGGGCAGAUUGAAGAAACAGAUGGUACUCUUAUGGAUAACUUGAAUUUGCUUCUUGAACCAUAUAAACUGUCUCUUAAUUCAAGAUAUUCCAAGGCAGUACUGUAUCAUCUAGAGGCCAUCAUAAACCAAUCCCUUUAUCAAGAUUUUGAGAAUUCUGUAUUCCAAAAGAAUGGCUCGCCAAAGCAUUUAGACCCUCAACAAGAUCGCCAAGCACACUUUGCAUCAUUUGUUGGGCUGAGGAAUCUAAGCUGGAAUGAAGUUUUAAGGAAAGGCACUAAGUAUUACAGUGAAGAGUUUAGCAAAUUUUGUGAUCAGAAGAUGAGUUGCAUUAUAACAACAAUGAAUUGGACGAGACCAUGGCCUGAAGCGCUUCUUCAGGCAUUCUUUGUUUCUGCUAAAUGCAUAUGGUUGCUUCAUUUGCUUGCUUUUUCAUUCAAUCCAUCCUUGGGAAUUUUAAGGAUUGAAGAGAAUAGGAGCUUUGAUCCACAUUACAUGGAAGAUAUGUUCAUGGAUAGGCAAAGGUCACACGGCCCAAGCCGGGUUAAGAUCAUGGUAAUGCCAGGGUUUUAUGUUCAGGAUAGAGUUUUAACGUGUAAGGUCAUUUGUAGAUACAAGUCUUCUGCAGCUUAAUUGAGAUAUGCGGAUUUCUUGUCAAUUAGUGGGUUUAUUAAAUCUGAAUGUCUUAAUAAAUGUCCAAAAGGGCUUGUUGAAAGUUCUAAUGCUAACAAAAACUUGGGUUGGGGAUUAGGUGAACUUUUGAAAGGUUUAGUGAUGUAAUUGAUCUCACCUUAAUGAUUGUACUUAUGAAGUGAUAAUAUUCUUGUGCCGCCAACUAUCUAUCUAUGUUAUACAAAUCAGUUAUUCUUUAA